UUUCAGCAAAAUUUCGUCGAAAAGUGGAAUGAAGAAGGGAGCGUCGAAGCGGAGACGCGACGACGAUGACGGUGACGUUUCGAUGACCGGCGACGACGAUGAUAGCAGAAGUGGUGCCGCUGUGAAGGUUGAAGUGCCGAAAGGAAAGGAAAAAGACGCCGAAUUCAGCGCACCAAAAGGCCAAAAGCUCACUGAUCUCGACGAAGAAGGUGUCCAAUCAACAAAAGAAGCUCCACAACUCGCCGAAGGAAACGUCAUUGAGCAGACCCACUACAUUGUAGUCCCCUCAUACGCCGGCUGGUUCGACUAUAACGCAAUUCAUCAAAUCGAGAAACGCGCAAUGCCUGAAUUUUUCAACGGAAAGAAUAAGAGCAAGACACCGGACGUCUACGUUGCCUACCGUAAUUUUAUGGUCGACACGUACCGUCUGAAUCCAUUUGAAUACGUGUCUGCGACGGCUUGUCGCCGGAAUUUGGCCGGUGAUGUGUGCUCAAUUGUGCGGCUUCACUCGUUUCUCGAGCAAUGGGGCCUGCUGAAUUAUCAAGUUGAUUCGGAUGCUCGGCCGGCUCCUGUUGCUCCGCCACCAACAAGCCAUUUUAUGGUUUUAGCUGAUACACCGACUGGCAUUCAGCCAAUGAAUCCACCUGGAAAGGAGUCUGCUGGAGCAUCUGGGGAGCCACCAAAAGAGGAGAUUAAGACUGAGAUUGAGUCCAUUUCGACGCCCGGCCUGAAAAUUGAUCAGUAUCAGAAGCAGGCCAUCGCGAUGAGAGUGCGUACCUGGCGUCUGCCUUGGUUUUUCAGUGCAAAUUUGAGAAAAAUUGGAAUUUUCAGUGCAAAUUUGAGAAAAAUUGGAAUUUUCAGUGCAAAUUUGAGGAAAAUUGGAAUUUUAGUGCAAAUUUGAGAAAAAUUGAAAUUUUCAGUGCAAAUUUGAGAAAAAUUGGAAUUUUCAGUGCAAAUUUGAGGAAAUUUUGAAUUUUUAGUGCAAAUUUGAGGAAAAUUGUAAUUUUUAGUGCAAAUUUGAGAAAAAUUGGAAUUUUUAGUGCAAAUUUGAGAAAAAUUGGAAUUUUUAGUGCAAAUUUGAGAAAAAUUGGAAUUUUUAGUGCAAAUUUGAGGAUAAUUGGAAUUUUCAGUGCAAAUUUGAGCAUUUUCCGGCUAUUUUUGAGCGAAAAUCGGCAAUUUCACACAAUUUUUCAUCGGAAAAAUCGAUUUUCACUGAAAAGUUUUAAUUUUUCGACCAAUUAUUAUGGAAAACCCGAAAAAAUCCCUCAAUUUUUGAAUUUUUCAUCAGAAAAAUCGAUUUUCGCGAGAAAUUUUCUGAUUUUUCGGCCAAUUGUCAUGAAAAACCGAAAAAAUCCCGCAGUUUUUGAAUUUUUCAACAGAAAAAUCGAUUUUCACUGAAAUUUUUCGAAUUUUCAGUGAAAAAUCCCAACAUAUUGAUAUUUUGUCCACAAAAACAUUAAUUUUUCAUCAGAAAAAACAUUUUCGCGAGAAAUUUUGAAUUUUUAAUCCAAAUUUGAAUGCAUAUUCCGGCUAUUUCUAAUAGAAAAUCGACAAUUUUUCAUUAAAAAAUCGAUUUUCAAUGAAAAUCCCAACAAAAUGCUGCUUUUUCCACAAAAAACAACAAUUUUAAUCAAUUUGUCAUUAAAAAAAAAAAAUCGAUUUUCGCUGAAAAUCUUCAAUUUUCAGUUCAGAUUCCAAAAAAAUCAGAUUUUCGGCUCUUUUUCUUCAUUUUUUUCCGUAAUUUUUGUUGAUUUUUUCAGACAAAAGGAGCCCCACCAGGCCGUGAUUGGACCGAACAGGAGACGUGUUUGCUGUUGGAAGCAUUGGAAAUGUUUAAGGAUGACUGGAAUAAGGUUUGCGACCACGUCGGCACUCGAACUCAACACGAAUGUGUUCUAAAAUUCCUUCAACUCCCAAUUCAAGACCCAUAUCUAACUGAAAAUCUGUCGUCGGAUAAAGCUGAAGCAGCUCCCGGCGGAGCAGCCAAAGAAGUACUCGGACCACUUGCAUUCCAGCCUGUUCCAUUUUCUCAAUCUGGAAAUCCAGUAAUGUCAACUGUGGCUUUUCUGGCAUCAGUUGUGGAUCCACAAGUGGCCGCUGCAGCUACAAAAGCUGCAAUGGAAGAAUUUGGAAAAUUGAAAGAAGAAAUUCCGCCGCUUGUAGCUGAAGCUCAUGAGAAAAAUGUUGCGGCAAUGGCCGAAAAGACUGGGCAAGUUGAUGGAGCUGUUGGGCUUACGAAAAGUGGCCUAAAGCCUGCUGAAGAGGCCGCCGGAGAUUCCGAUGAAAAAAUGGAUACCAAUACCAACGACGACGUUCCAUCAACGACCGAAGCGAAAUCAGCCAUCGAUAAAGGAGUUCAGGCUGCGGCUGCCUCAUGCCUAGCCGCCGCCGCCGUAAAAGCCAAGCAUCUGGCUCAGAUUGAGGAACGCCGUAUCAAAAGCCUCGUCGCACAGCUUGUCGAGACUCAAAUGAAGAAGCUUGAGAUGAAGCUUCGUCAUUUUGACGAGCUCGAGCAGAUUAUGGAUAAGGAGCGGGAAUCGUUGGAAUAUCAACGGCAUCAGUUGAUUCUUGAACGUCAGGCUUUUCAUAUGGAUCAGCUUAAAUAUCUCGAGAAUCGGGCUAAACAUGAAGCUCAUUCUCGGAUGACAAGCUCUGGAGCUCUUCCGGCUGGGCUUCCACCUGGAUUUGAGGUUACCGGCCCGCCACAGCCUACUCCUCAGGUGCAGAUUAGUGCUCAGGAGGCUGCGAUUCCAGAGAAGAUGGAUACUUCGGAAGCAGCGACUGCUGCUCGGCCACCGUCCACACCACAGGCUCCGCAAGCUCCCCCCGUUCAGGCCGCUCCGGCGCCGGUUCAGGCUCCUCAGGCUCCACAGGCUCCACCACAAGCCUACCAAGGCUAUGGAGGGCCUGGAGGGCCCCCUCAACAAGCCUACCGCUACCCACCACAACAAGGCCAACAAUACUCACCAUACCCACCACCCCAACAACAACAACAACAUCAGGCUCAGCAGGCCCAGUCUCAGGCUCACUAUGGCCCACCGGGUGGAGGACAAGGCCCACCACCACCACCACAAGGCCAGCAAUACUAUGGAGGGCCGCCGCCACCGGGCCAGCCGUACGGGCCGCCAGGAGGCUAUCCGCCACAGCAGCAGAGGCCACCAUAUCAGGCUCAACCGUAUCCGGGCCCGCCGCCGCCUCAGCAGCAGAGGGGAUAUGGUUAUCCACCACCACCGCAGCCAGGACACCCAUACCAGCAGCCAUAUGGUCAAAUGCCACCACCACCACACGGACAAUAUCAACCACAGCAGCAGCAGGGAGGUCCAAUGGGACCACCCGGGGGACAUCAUGAAGGUGGAGACGGUGGAGAUUCACAACAGAAACAGGAAUAAUUUAUGGAAAUUUUGAAUUUUUUCUGAUUUUUUUCUGAUUUUUUUUGCGCAUUUUUUUGUUAAAAUUCUCGGAUUUUUUUUUUUGGAAAUUUUUUGUGAAAAAUCGCUGAAUUUUUCUGAUUUUUUUGCGAAUUUUUUGGUAUAUUUUGGACAUUUUUCAGAUUUUUUUUCUCAAAAUUUUUAGAAAAUUCGCUGAUUUUUUCCCAAAAUUUAUCCGAAUUUUCUAAAAUUUUCUGGAUUUUUUCAAAAAUUCCCUAUUUUUUCAGAUUUUUUGCGAAUUUUUGAGCAUUUUUUGGAAAUUUUGUCCUCAAAAUUUUCCAUUUUUUCUCGAAUUUUUUUUACAAAAUUUUUCACUGAAUUUUCCCAAUUUUAAUCCUAUUUCCUCCGAUCGCAUUUUUUAAAAUGUUUUACCACCCCCUUAUAUACAUAUUUACCCCCAUUCUGUUUCCCCCGUAAAAAAACCACCAAAAUGAUCUUUUUUUCUCUCUCUGAAAUAUAUAUAUAUGUAACACCCCUCCGAACUCCACGCUGCUGGUAUCUCCUUUUUUUCAUGGUUUUUUUUAACGAUUUUAAUUUUAAUUUAUUCGUAUCUUGUGCUAUUUAACACCCCACCAACACAU